CUGCCUCGCGCAGCAAGAAGCUUUUCCUUUGGUCAAAGUCUGAGCCAAUCAGCUUGCUUCUUCUUACUAGGCACCAUUCUAUCGAUGACUUUCAGCGUUCACAUGUAGUAACCCUGUUUGUUGGAAAAGAACCUCAGAAUGAACACUGUUUUGUCGUCUAUUUCCCGACUGCGCGGAUUAACACACCUGCGUGGCAUCCCUACGUCGGAUCUCUCAGCCAAUGGCACGUCUCGCCUCAGGCUCUUCAGCGGCUGGUUUGCGUCUGGUGCAGCUGCCAGGCCUCGGGUUUUCCGACUUCUGGGGCCUCUUCCUACGCAAGUGGAGAGCGGCGACGCGGUCCAGCAGCUACCCUGGCGGCACCAGCAGGUGCGAACCCGCAAAAGAGGCACAGAGUAUCAACCGAACAACAUAAAACGAAUAAAUACACACGGUUGGAACAAGAGGAUGAGCUCGCGGGGCGGCAUAGAGGUGAUCCUGCGGCGUAUGUUGAAGAGACGGAAAUCCCUCUCUCACUGAAGGUCUUGAUGGAGGAUCUGAAGGACUUGGACUCUUGAUGUGCUCAGGAUGAUACUGAAAAAGUCUGCAGUUGGAUAAAAUGUGUUCUUGGGGUCAUACUUUCAAAAUGACUGUUCUGACCUCUGGUCAGAACCAAGAACUGCUAUUUGAUAGUUUUACCAACUAUCAGCAUCGGUCAAAACGUCCUGUUCUAAAUCACAACAUGUAAAAUGUGUUUCAAUGAUGAAAUGUAUCAAUAAAAUGAUUUUGCAAAAUAA